GUCGCACUCUUGGCGUGCAGGGAGAAAAAGGUUCGGCGCCUGAGAGCGAGCACUUGGCCUAAUCAAACUCUAAGCUUUCCUAGGAGAGUCGUCGCCACUUGCCCCUUUGAACAGGAUACACAAGGAGCCCACAAGAUCAAGACAAUUCGUGUGGCCACUGAAAUGAGUGCGGUGACACCGGAUGUUACUGCCUCGCUUGAAUCCUUGGAGGAUGUUGCACGCAGAGAAUUAGGAGAAACGCCUGCGGUAAAACAGACGGCUCUGAAUGAUUUGCGUAAGCUUAUUUCAGGUGAACCAUCGUUGUACUGCCCCACGGAUGAAGCCUUUCUGGUCAAGUUUUUGCGAGCCCGCAAGUACGAUGCGCAGUCCGCUUUCUACACCAUCAAGAAAUACUUCGAGGUUCGAAGGGACCAUCCGGAAGUGUUUAAAGACCUAACUCCGAGCUGCAUUCCUUUCGACGUCGUUUGCCGCAAGCAUCGGCUGUUGACGGUGUCGCGCAGCACAGACUCACUAGGAAGAAUGGUUGUGCUGAACAAGAUGGGAGCCUGGAACACUCAGAUCUGCUCCCUGAACGACUACUUCAGAGUGGGCUUAGCAGUCUGCGAGUACUUCCUCCUUCGGGAACACUUUCAGGUUAGGGGCAUCGUGUGCAUUAUAGAUUUAAAGGGCCUCAACAUCUACCACUUGGCUCACUACACGCCGUCUGCUAUAAGAAUGCUCAUCAGUCUUACACAGGACUGUUUUCCCUGGCGUCUGAAGGAAGUAUACAUCAUCAACAAUCCUCCAGUGUUUGACUUUUUAUAUGCGAUUGCCAAGACCUUCCUUAAAGCAAAACUAGCGAAACGGAUUCGCCUUUUUGGCUACAAUUUGAAAGAAUUGCACCAACUUGUGCCGGAUGACGUCAUUUCGGAGGAACACGAAGGGACGAACGAGAAGUACGACUACGACCGUUUGGAGAGGGAGCUGAAGAGUGCAGAGGGUUUCUUCCAGGCGCUGAACUCUUACGGAUACCGCGAGACGUUGUCGACAAAAGAAACGAAUGGCGUGCUCACUGACGAGGAACUGCCAAGUGAAGACUACGUGCACCUUUAAUCACUGUGUGAUCCAAUGAAGCUUCUUGUGGCCUCUGGGUUGCGAAAACUGAAAGUUAUGCGGAGGAGUUUGUUCAUUUGCAUUCCCCACUUGUCAAUAACGCGGCUCCCAUGUGGUUCUCUCUUCAUUACUCUGCUUCCCCCUCCAUAUAAUGGCACCAUAAAUGCAUUACCGGACUUUUUUCCUUGUAGACCUCUCUGGCUUUUCUU